UGCUUGUCCCGUGACCAAAUGCGGAAGUGUUGAAAUAUAUCCAUAGCGACAACAGAUUACCCUCUCUAUUUCAUAUAGAUUUUGCUGUUUUAUUUGCCCUAUUUCUCAGAGAAAUGGAAGGAUAUGCCAAAACAUCACUUAGCACCACGUAUGCUGGAGCCCCGGAUUUCAGAGGGAAUGACAGUUCUCUGGUAUCUGCUCUGAAAACUCUUCUCUUCUUCACCAUCCUGAUGGUCACCCUGCCCAUAGGACUGUACUUCGCAUCAAAGGCAUAUAUCUUUCAAGGUUCCCUACAGAUGUCUAACUCAGACAGUUAUUUCUAUGCUGCCAUCGUAGCUGUGCUGGCCGUACAUGUGGUUCUGGCUUUGUUUGUCUACGUGGCCUGGAACGAGGGCUCCACCAAGGACAAGGGGAAACACGACUAACCCUUAACCUGGCCGUGCUGCUGGCCCAGAGAAGGCCUGGACCAAGCCACUUCCAGCCCCCACCCAGCCUGGCUUCUCUCCAGCCCCCACCCCAGCCCCUGUUUGACCAGCCCCCAACCCAGCCCCUGUUUGACCAGCCCCCAACCCAGCCCCUGUUUGACCAGCCCCCAACCCAGCCCCUGUUUGACCAGCCCCCAACCCAGCCCCUGUUUGACCAGCCCCCAACCCAGCCCCUGUUUGAC